CACGACGAAACAGGAAAACAGCUGAUAGAUGGUUCUGCUCUUAACUUCCAUACCCUAUUUGCGACUGUGAUCCAUAUUCUUGUUUUCCGUCUCCAAUCAAUUAUCUUUCCCUCGAUUCCACAGAAACGCCAUUCUUUCCCCGAUCAUUAUAUUCGAUCCGGUGGACUUUUCAAGCAAUCGAAAGUGUCGAUCGCUAGCACUUAUACGCCAGUCGCCGGUCGCCAACUCCCCUCUUUAUCUGCCCUCGGGCAAUGCCGUGGAAAUAGUCGCCAAGAUGCCAACAAUAGCAGCCAGGGCUUACGAUGAAGCCGCCGCGAAGGCGGCAUACGUGCAAAAGAUGGCAGACAUAGCGGCCACACAGGAUCUAUCUCAGGACUUGCGAUCGAAUGCCCGGGCAUUAACAAUCGCCUUCACUGUUCUGGCCGCCGUGGUGGUUGUGAUGCGCCUUCUCUCAAGACGGCGCCAGGGGGCGCCUAUUCUUAUCGACGACUGGUUGAUCAUCGCAUCGCAGGUUCUGCUGUUCGCCAAUUGUGCUAUGAAUAUGGUUUUGAUUGACUCGGGAGUUGGCCUCCACUCGGGUUCACUCACACUGGAGCAGUUGGAGAAGAUGAACAUGACGAUGGUAGGGGCUGAAAUCUUGUACGUCACGGCCGUCAACAUGUACAAGAUCUCGCUCCUGUUCUUGUACUUCCGCAUUUUCCCCAUGCGAAACAUUCGUAUCGGCGCGUACAUCUGCGGUGGCCUCUCCAUGCUUUGGAAUCUCGCUUGUAUCCUCGCCGCGGUGAUCCAGUGUUUGCCUCGCGAAAAGUUAUGGCAUCCCUGGAAGCAGGGAACUUGCGUCGACCUCUUCUUGACACAGCUAUGUAUCUCAGUCCCGACGAUCCUUCUCGAUAUUGCCAUUCUCUGUCUACCCAUGCCGCACGUAUGGCGUCUGAAGACAAACAUGACGCAAAGAAUAUUCCUCACCAUCAUCUUCUUAUUGGGGUCGUACGUUGUAUUUACAAGCAUUUACCGAUUCGUCGUCUAUCUCGGUUAUAACAGCGAGGACAACUCCUACACCCUCGGUGAAGGCAUAGCAUGGAAUAUCAUCGAAAUCAGCAGUGGCAUCGUCUCCGCCUGCCUCCCCACCCUUGGGCCCCUUGUGCGCCUCGUUUUCACGACACUCUACUCCACUCGCACCGGUAGUAAGGGAAGCAAGAAUGUCCUCGGUGGGAGCAGCUAUGUCCUCGGUGGGAGCAGCUAUGUCCUGAAGCGAUCUGACGCCGCCGUCACCAUUGGCGGGGGCAGUUCUCACGUGCGGACGGGCAAUUUCACACGGGAAGAAAGCAAGUACGGUAUCAUGCUCGACGACGAACCAUAUCACGACUCGUCUCGCCGGGGGAAGAUGAUUACCACUGUGUCUCACAACCGCGACUCGAGCGGAGAUAGGUCGAGCCAUGAUGAGAUACCGCUCACGGCGAUAAGGCAGGAGACGAGGGUCGAGUGGGUCACGGAGGAGAGGUCGAUAACUCCAGGUGAGGAGCGGAUGGUGCAUAGCCAGGAGGGGCUCGGGCGGCAGUGAAUGAUACCCGUUGUGCGUUUGGGUGGUUUGGGUUACGUUGAAUGUAUAGAAAAGCUGAAUGAGACGGACAUCUAGAUCAUGCGCUAUGAGGCUGCAGGUUACUUUAGGACUAAUUUUUAAUUCAUGAAUCACAACAAAACAAGAUCGAUGAAGCAGUCUCAUGAACUUGCGGCUGGUCUUGCGUUUUACCUCGC